AGGCCCGGGUCGGCGCAUCGCAUCUCAAUUCAAUUGAAUUGAUUUUCUCUCUCCUCCGAUUCCUCCUUCCUCGUCUCAGCACCACGCUAGUUACAGCAUUCUCUCUCAAAUCUCACCCUUUUUUUAUUUAUUUAUUUUUUAUUUUUCACACAUUUAAAAUUGCAAUUCUCCAAUUUUUAUUUAUAUAAAAAAAAGGAGAAGUAAUUUUAGGAGGGGGAGCGAUCCCCUAAACACGAAAAUUGAAAUCUAAAUCUACAACACCUCAACACAAAAUGGCAUUUCACGUAGCUUGUCCAAUUACAUGUCGCCGAAUCUGUUUCUGCGCGCUAGGGUUUCCUCGCGGCCUUCACGCUUCCGACGACGGUUCCGCUGCCAAUGGCUUUGCUCAGGACGUCGGCGCGCUCCGUGACUUUCUUGCCGACACAUGCAGGGACGAUGCCACCGUUCAGGUUCCUGUCCCCAAGGUUCUGCCGCCGCCUCCGCCGCCGCCGGACGGGAUUCCUCUCAACGCCGACGCGCUGGAUGAGUCUGCCUCCAUGAAGGCCAAGCGCAUCGCGCUACAGCGCAAGGGCGCCGCCGCCAUGAUCGCCGCCGAGGAGUACGCCCGCCGCUUUGAGUCCGGCGACGUUGUGAAUACUCCAGGAAAUGUUACCGGAGAGGAGCAGGGGCAAGCUAAUAGGAGCUAUUGUCGAAUUUGCAAGUGCGGAGAGAAUGAAGGAAGUGAGAAAGCUCAGAAGAUGCUGUCGUGCAAAAGUUGUAGUAAAAAGUACCACAGGAACUGCUUGAGAAGUUGGGGUCGAAAUAGAGAUUUAUUUCAUUGGAGUUCAUGGACCUGUCCUCUUUGCCGAAUUUGUGAGGCUUGCAGAAGGACUGGUGAUCCAAGUAAGUUCAUGUUUUGCAAAAGGUGCGAUGGUGCUUAUCAUUGUUACUGUCUGCAACCUCCUCAUAAGAGUGUUUGUAAUGGGCCCUAUUUGUGCACAAAACAUGCAAGGUGUCACAGUUGUGGGUCAAAUGUCCCUGGAAAUGGAUUAAGUGUGAGGUGGUUUAUGGCAUACACAAACUGUGAUGCAUGUGGAAGAUUGUUUACAAAAGGGAACUACUGUCCCGUUUGCUUGAAGGUCUACAGAGAUUCAGAAUCAACACCUAUGGUUUGCUGUGAUACUUGCCAGCUUUGGGUACAUUGUCAGUGUGAUAAUAUCAGUGAUGAAAAAUAUCACCAGUUUCAAGUGGAUGGGAAUUUACAGUAUAAGUGUCCCACUUGUCGUGGGGAAUGUUAUCAGGUCAAGAAUCCUGAAGAUGCUGCACAAGAGAUUUGGAGGAGAAGGAAUGUUGCUGAGAGAGAUUUGAUUGCUAGCUUGAGGGCUGCAGCUGGUUUGCCCACUCAAGAUGAGAUAUUUUCCAUUUCACCAUUUUCAGAUGAUGAGGAUAGUGGGCCUUUAAAAUUAAAGAGUGAAUAUACCCGUUCCUUUAAGUUCUCUCUGAAGAAUUUGGCAAAUGACUCACCAAAGAAGAAAUCUUCAAGCAAAAAAACUGCCAAGAAAAAAGACUCUGAGUCAUUUAUGACUAAUAAAGUUGACACACAUAAUAGUUUUGAUGGACACAGUGAUAUUAAAUCUGUGCAUAGCUUAGACGACGACAAGAAUGAUGAUAUACAAUCCCAGAGAAAUGAUGGUCCAGAUGUUUACUCAUCACCUGCUACUGGAAGUUUGAGUCAAACUGAAGCAUCUUUCCCUAUUAGUCAACCAGGAGUUUUGAAGCAUAAGUUUGUUGAUGAGGUGAUGGUCAGUGAUGAAGAGAGGAAACCUAGAGUUGUUCGAAUUAAAAGCAACAAGCCAAAUAUUCUGGAUAGUGAAGAGGAAAGUGGAAAGCAGAGUGUUAAAACUCAGAAUGUGAAAGGGAAGAAGCUGGUCAUAAAUUUGGGAGCACGGAAAAUUAAUGUGGCCAGUUCCCCACGGUCUGAUACGUCAAGCUGCCAAAAAGAUCAAGAUCUGGUCACUGUUAAUGGUAAUGAAGAUAUAAGCCAAUCCAAGAAGGGAGACAGAUUUGCAUUAGAUAAACAAGACGGCACUGCUAGGCAUAUUGAUGGAAAAGGAAAUAGAGUUGACUCUGGACAAUCAAAACUUUUUACCGUUUCGGGAAGAGAAGGAAAUUUGAUUAAGCUGGGAAAAGUUAAGCCAGAUGUUUCUGAAUUCAACCCAACUGCCGGUAGAGGCAAUAUGUCUGAUGGGCGUAUAAAACAUAGUAUUGAUGGGAUGAUUGGUCAGGUUGGAAUCAAAGCCACAUCAAGAGGUGAAAGGACGAAUUUGGGAAAGCAAUCAGAAGGUAGCUCUGAUGCAAAUGAUGAGGUAGAUGACAAUAAUAAUCGUACACCUUCGCAUUCUUUGCCAAAAGAUUCUAAACCUUUACUAAGAUUUAAAUUCAAGAAACCUAGCAUUGAAACUCAAAAUUCCCCUCAUCGGGAGGAGGAGAAGACAACAAUCAAGGGCCAGAGGUCAAAAAGGAAGAGACCUUCACCUUUUAAAACAUCAUUUAAUGAGUCUGAAGGCGUAAGUCAAUCACAUCAAGACAAUGCAAUGGAUGAGAUCAUGGAUGCAAACUGGAUUUUAAUGAAAUUGGGAAAUGAUGCAAUUGGAAAGAGAGUUGAAGUUCAUCAGACAUCUGACAAUUCUUGGCACAAGGGAGUGGUUACUGACGUAGUUGAAGGCACUUCAAAGUUGUAUGUUGCGUUAGACGAUGGGAAAGUGAAGACCUUGGAACUCAGGAAACAGGGGGUCCGUUUUGUUCCUCAAAAGCAGAAGAGAUCCAAGACAUGAACUACACCUGUCCACCACCCUUAGUGACCAUUUAAUGUGGAGACCUUUUUUAAUUGACUUUGAAGAUUUUUCAUCUUUAAGGUCUCUUGCUGAAUUUAUAUUCGUAGCUGCUCACAUUGCCGCUGAUUUUUGGGUGAAGCAUUCUCAAUUGGAGCAAACUUCAGUUUUCUUGAAAGAAUUAACCAUUUACUCAGUCCUCUUUCUGGGCUUUAGGUUCUCUCGAUUGCUAGUUAGAUUUUUGUUGCUUUUCUACAUGUAUCUGAUUUCAAAGUAGAUUCUACCUAUGGUGUAUAGGUCAUCAUUUCUGUAGAAUAGAUAAGUAAAGGCGAAGCUGUUAGCUGUAUGAUUAGUGUUGCUAGUUGUUUUUGUGAGGUCAAGGCUUCAUGAAUUGAGAUAUUUGUCUUGAAAGAUGAAACUGUUGUCAUUUUGUUAAAUUAGAUGGUAGUUUACUUCUGC